AUGGACAGAAAACUUUUUGAGUAUGCGGGUCCCCCCAAGAUAAGAGGAAAGAAAACUUUGGAGUAUGCUGUGGUCAAGAAAGAGGACAGAAAACUUUUGCAGUAUGCGUCCAAGAAAGAGGGACCAAAAAAAGAGGACAGAAACUUUGAGUAUGCGGUCAAGAAAGAGGACAGAAACUUUGAGUAUGUGAUCAAGAAAGAGGACAGAAACUUUGAGUAUGCGGUCAAGAAAGAGGACAAAUACUUUGAGUAUGCAGUCAAGAAAGAGGACAGAAAGUUUGAGUAUGCAGUUAAGAAAGAGGGCAAAACCUUUGAGUAUGCAGUCAAGAAAGAGGACAGAAACUUUGAGUAUGCGGUCAAGAAAGAGGACAGAAACUUUGAGUAUGAGUCCAAGAAAGAGGACAGAAACUUUGAGUAUGUGGUCAAGAAAGAGGACAGAAACUGA